UAAAAACAUCAAAAUGACUUAACUUUUUACUCUCAUUUUUUAAAUAUAUUCAUUUUUAAGCCUUCAAACAGGAUCGCGAUGUUCUGAAAUAUUACUAAAUUAAAAUUAAUUCGAAUCGUACAAACAAUACAUUAAAAUAUGUUCUCCGAUAUACCACCCGCCUUGCAACAUACUUUUAUGGAUUGUUGUCGAAAUCGAGAAAACGAACCAAUAGGAUGGGGAACGAAUCAAAGUGGUGAAUGCUACGCCAACUUUUUCAACGUUACUCAACAAAGCCUUCAACAAUCCUUAAGUAAUUGGCAGGUUGGAGAUUUAUCAGCAACACAGCAAAGAUAUGUUAGUGAUACCCUCGUAAUAUCCGGUUGCAAUCCUUUGAUACCCAACACAGUUUGCCUCCAAAAUCCACACAACCCAAACAUGUUUCACAGCUACAAUGUUGGCCAAAAUAAUUGCCUAUCAACAGCGCCCCGAAAAUCCUUGAUCACUAAAGAACAAAAAGAAAAGAAAACAACGAAGAGUGAGAAAAAGGAAAUUAAAACAAACAAGAGUGAGGAAAAGGAAAUGGAAAUAAAGAAGAAUGAAGAAAAGGAAAAUAAAACAAAGAGUAAGGUAAAGAAAAAUGAAUAUUGCGAAGAAUUAUGUAAAUUUCACAUAGAUAAAGCAGUACAAGAGAUAUGCAAGGCAAUGCAAAUUAAUCCAACAAUUAAUAAGCAAAUAAGUAAUGUAGAGAAAAAUCAAAGUUUCAGAGAAUCUGAGAGACACAUUUUUCCUAGGAGCAGAAGCCGAAAGAUACAUUCUGUAGACCAUACACAAGAAAAUGGUUUACCAACGGAAAAAUACGAGAGUAAAUCAUCAACGGAUCCAAACUACAAGCUACUUUUCGAAAAGAUAGAUAUUUGGGCUAAAGUUAACUGCCGUAUGAUUCGAGAUCUUUCUAAGCAAAUAUCAGACAGUAAAUGCUGUCAGUGCCAAAAACAUCAGGAUGGGUCAGAUAAACGAAUGCUUACAAGAGAUUUGGAAAGCGAUGAUUCAAAACAAUCUAACUGUUAUCAGAAUGAAUAUGUAGUCUGCCAAUAUGAAGAGAUUACAAAUACCAUGCAUACCACCGCAGUAGAAGUAAAGCCAAAGAAAUCCCGAUUUCCUUUUUGGAAAAAAUUUAAGCUAAGAAUAAAAUAGUCGGUUUACCGAAUUAAUAGAAUUUUAGAAACAGGAUAUCAACAGAACAUUUUAAUGUAGAUAUGGAAUAAGAUUUAGAAGAACCAAAAAAUAUAAAUUAUAGCUCUAACAACAAUAAAAAAUGUGAAUGAAAAUCUAGUAAAAUUGAAGAUGAUAUUAACAGCCCGUGUUUCGUGAGAAAAAAAAAGUACUGCAAAAUCGGAUACUCUGAAUAUUAUUUAUUUACCUUAGUCCAAGCCAAUGAUUAAUAUAAAAACAUUUAGAUAAACAAUGUCUCUGUAAAUUAUAAAUAAUAAAGAAUCAUUCCGCACUGAUUAAUCAAGUGAUUUUGAUUAUUCAAUUGAAUUUUUGGGACUACCAAUGUUGACAUACUUAAUAAGUACCGAUUAUUUCUAUGAUCGAAAACAGGAGUUUUUGGAUAAUCCUAACUAGAGGUUAUCCCUAUUAAUGAUGGUGCUAUUUUUAUGUAAUUAAGGUUAUCAAUUUAUUAUACUCUUGUAUUCAUUUAAAUUAUAAUGUGUUACAAAUCAUGGCAAUAAAAACAGCAACAUUAUAUUGUAAAACAGGCUAGAUAAAAACUGCUGAAAGUCAAGG